CACACGUACGCUGGGUCCUCUAGCCAGUAAACUGUUUCCAAAAACAAAUUUGAAUAACGCGCAAUUAAAUAAAUUUUUUUGGAAGGAACUACUCCAGUGAUGGCACCAAAAAGGAAAAUGGACACAAAGAAAAAACGACCGCAAAACAAGGCCAAAAAGAGCAAAUUGAGCGACGAAGAGUUUUGUCGAGUUUGCAAGGAUGGAGGCGAUCUGCUAUGCUGCGAUUCGUGUCCUCUUGUGUAUCACUUGACUUGCUUGGAUCCUCCUCUGAAGUCCAUUCCCAAGGGCGACUGGACCUGUCCACGCUGCAUUCCGCUUCCCGGUAAAGUCGAAAAGAUAUUAUCUUGGCGAUGGGCCGACGAAAGAGUAGCAAAGCGGUCAAGGGUGCGCGAGUACUUCGUCAAGUGGCACAACAAAUCCUACUGGCACUGCGCAUGGGUGCCCGACGUGCUGAUGCAGGAGCACCAUUCGAAUAUGACGCGUUUCUUUUGUAUGAACAACGACAUGGAGGACCCGCCCAUAAUCGACGAAUUCGAGGACGAGGAUGGGGAUCUGAAAGACAGAUUCUACAGACAUGGUGUUAAGCCGCAGUGGCUCCUCCUCCAGAGGAUUAUCGGUCAUCGCGAAGAGCCCGACGGCACCGCAGUCUACUUGGUAAAGUGGCGGGAGUUGCCCUACGCCGAUUCCACCUGGGAGCAGGACGAGGACUAUGUCCAGGGAUUAGGGCGCGCCAUUGAACUCUACCUGCAGGCCUGUAGCUCCACGAUGGAUCUCAACAACAAUAAGCCCAGUACGGACCUGAGCCAGAAGUACGAGGAUCAGCCGGCCUUCUUAAAGGGGACCGGUCUGCAACUGCAUCCCUUUCAACUCGAGGGCGUCAGCUGGCUUCGCCACUGUUGGGGCCAGAACAUCCACACCAUCCUUGCCGAUGAGAUGGGCCUGGGUAAGACCAUUCAGACGUCGACAUUCCUGUACUCGCUCUUCAAGGAGGGCCACUGCCGCGGACCCUUCCUCGUGGUCGUGCCGCUCUCCACUCUCGUCAACUGGGAGCGGGAGCUGGAGUUGUGGGCUCCGGACCUCUACUGCAUCACCUAUGUGGGCUGCAGGGCCUCCAGAGCUAUCAUACGAAAAAACGAGAUGGGCCUUAAGGAGGGUGCCUUUCGAAAGACGAGAAUCACCAAUACCCAGUUCAAGUUCAACGUGGUGCUGACCAGUUACGAGAUGAUUUCAAUGGACGUUGCCGUCCUGGGGAGUAUUGAAUGGGCUGCUUUGGUGGUGGAUGAAGCUCAUCGCUUAAAAAACAGCCUGAGCAAGUUCUUCCGGACCCUGAGCAGGUAUUACAUCGACUACAAGUUGCUGCUUACCGGCACGCCGCUGCAGAACAAUCUCGAGGAGCUGUUUCAUCUGCUCAACUUCCUGAGUCCGCACAAGUUCGAUAAUCUGCGUGCCUUCCAGGACGAGUUCGCCGACGUUACGAAAGAGGAGCAGGUGAAGCGCCUGCACGAGAUACUCAGGCCCCACAUGCUGCGCCGUUUAAAGGCGGAUGUCUUGAAAAAAAUGCCCCCCAAGUCUGAGUUUAUCGUGCGCGUGGAGCUGUCGGCUAUGCAGAAGAAGUUCUACAAGUUCAUUUUGACCAAAAAUUUGGGCGCUUUAAAUUCCAAAGGCGCCGGCCGCAAGUGUUCACUGCUCAACACGAUGGUGGAAUUGAGAAAAUGUUGCAACCAUCCCUAUCUGUUCUCCUCGGCUGCCGAGGAGGCAGCCAUCACGUUUGGAGGCUGCUACGAAAUCAAUUCGCUGACUGAGUCCUCCGGCAAGUUGGUGUUGCUCUCCAAGAUGCUCAAGCAGCUGAAGGCGCAAAAGCAUCGGGUUCUGAUCUUUUCGCAGAUGACCAGGAUGCUGGAUUUAUUAGAGCAUUUCCUGCAGGGAGAGAAGUACGCGUACGAGCGAAUCUGCGGCGCCGUAAAGGGCACAAUGCGUCAGGAGGCCAUUGAUACAUUCAACUCCGCAGGAUCGGAGAUAUUUGUCUUCCUGCUGAGCACUAGAGCAGGAGGAUUGGGUAUCAACCUAGCGACUGCCGACACGGUCAUCAUUUUUGACUCGGACUGGAACCCGCACAACGACAUUCAGGCCAUCGCCCGAGCCCAUCGCAUCGGCCAGGCCAACAAGGUUAUGAUCUACCGGUUUGUAACCCGAAAUACGGUGGAGGAACGUAUCAUGCAGAGGGCCAAGCACAAGAUGAUGCUCACCCACCUUGUGGUGCGCCCGGGAAUGGGCGGCAAUGGUGGCAAUUUCACCAAGGAAGAGCUCGAGGACAUCCUUCGGUUCGGAACCGAGGAGCUCUUCCAGGAGGACGGCAAGGUCGAGGCUAUACACUACGACGAGCAGGCGGUGGCCGCACUGCUCGACCGCACCGAUCGCGGCAUCGAGGAGAAGGAAUCGUGGACCAAGGAGUAUCUUUCUUCCUUCGAGGUGGCGUCCUAUGCCACUAAGGAAUCGGAAGGAAAGGAAAACAAAUGGCCACAAAUGGCCAAUACGAAUGAGCAACCCCAGGAAGGUCCUAGCGAGACCCUAGGAAAGGGCAAGCGAGCUCGGAAGCGGGUCAACUAUAAGAGCGGCGUUCUACAGUCGUCCGAUAACAAAAGCGAUGAUCCAGAUUGGAGUGCCAGCCCACCUCCUUCGAGUUUCGAAGAUUCCAUUGCCGACGAAUGAAGAAGACACAAAAGCGAAGUUGAACUAGCCAUAAUAAUACAUUAAAGUUAAAGUUAUGUUCAAAGCUUAAUUCCAAAGCCAUCCACCAUAAAUAUAUAGUAACUUUCAUGCAUAAAUAAUCAUUCUUUAGUACGGACUCCAACAUUAUUUUCAAACACACAAUAUGAGAUAUAUAACUUAUGAUUUUUUUUAAUAUUAACGCAAACCCACUUUUAUUGCCUCAAAAUUAAUUUUUUAUUUUUUUAUUAUAUGUUAUGAUUUCAUUCGGUUGUUCUUAAAUAGAAUGCAGUUAUUUUGUUGAUUGAUAACUAAAUAGGAAACUAAACUAUUAUAGACUUGAAAAAACUGAAGCAUAAUUUUGUUCUAUCUGUUGCUCUUCAAUUAAAUUGAGUUCACAUGCUGUUUGGUUACUAAAAAUACAACUAACAAUGUACUAAAAAUAAACAUUUCCAUUAAUUCACAA